AGGUGUGACUGGUGCUCAGCAGCUCUGUUGGAACGACUGACUGUAAGACACAGUUUUUCUGGCCCUGGGACUCUACUCUCUGCACAGUAGGCGUGUCGGUAACUCGGCCACUAGACAAGGAAUCAUGAGCACACACUGGAGAGCUCUGCUGGGGAUCCUGUGGGUCAAGGUUUGCUGGGUGAGAGGGCUGGAGGUGGAGCAGAGCCCUUCAGCCCUGAGCCUCCAGGAGGGAGCCAGCACUGCUCUGAAGUGCAAUUUUUCCCAAGCUGUGGACAGUGUGCAGUGGUUCCGACAGAACCCCGGGGGCAGCGGCCUCACCAGGCUGGUUUACGUGGCUUCGGGCACGAAGCAGAGCGGAAGGCUCAACUGCACACUGAACACGAGGGAACGGUCCAGCACCCUCCACAUCGUGGACUCCCAGCUGGAAGACGCAGCCUCCUACCUGUGCGCCACGGAGACACAGUGCUGCCUGCUGAUCCGGGGCCUGCAUGCCAACUGCAGCUGUGCCUGUGCCCCGGCCCCUCCCUGGGGCAUCUGCACCCACAGCAGCCUUGGCACAUUUUCAGAUCUAUGCUAUAGGACCUUUUCCCUCCAAAAUGAGACCCAUCACGGCUGUCAUUUCACUUGCUUUUCUUGCCCUUCUUUUUCCCAGCAAGCCCUGCCUGUAAAAAUCUCUACCAUGGACACUUUGGAGCAAGUGAUAGAGAUGCCCCUAUCUACUGCCCUGGGAAAACAGACCUCCUGGCAGCUAGCAUAUAAAUUAUAUGUAAAUUACUCAAAUGGAAAAGAUUCAAAAAAAAUAGAUGGUCAUCAAGAAAAGAAAGACAUGACUAAAUUUUUUAGUUACCCAUGGAUGGUUCUACUAUCAAAGGGUAGUAAUGAGAAUAUGUGUAAAGUUUUUUCCAGUCUGUAUUCAUCUUUUUUCCUCUUGGAAAUACAAAUAUAAUAACAUAAUUUUAGGGGCGCCUGGGUGGUUCAGUCAUUGAGCUUCUGUCUUCGGCUCAGAUCAUGGUCUCAGCAUCCUGGGAUCGAGCCCGGCAUCGGGCUACCUGCUGUGGUGGGAGCCUGUUUCGUCCUCUCCCACUCCCCCUGCUUACGUCCCCUCUCUUGCUGGCUGUC